AUGGUGGCCACGACCGUGACAUCGCCCGACUAUGUGUCAUUUGUGGAGAACGAGGUCGCCAUCCGCAACCGCAUCCGGGUGCAGGGCAGGCACAAGCACCCGUCCCGCCCAAAAAAGAUCAUUUUCUGUGGCCUCGAAUACCGGUACAGGAACCUCGUGCCUGCAGAAUACGUGCUCCAAUGCGACGUGAUGCCUUACGUCGUGCUCCUCGCAAACGGAAAAGCUACGCGCACUGCAUACAUCGUCUUGCCUGAGGCAAAAGAGCCCGUCAUGACCUUUCCGCUUUUGUAUUGA